AUGAGAAGUCCAUGCAUUACCUGGCUAGCCAUUCAACUCGCUCUCCUUCCCUACACCACCAAGUUUAUCCGAUUAAAGCGAUAUUUUGUGCUCAGUCGUGUUCAUUAUGAUGAUCGACAAAAGCGUGAAGAGAUUUCUUUACCGAUAAAUCCGGGCACUGAACGGGUACGAGCCCGGUUUACAAAGUUGGCUGAAGUUGAUCGCCCACUCGUGCACGGGGUUCUCGUCUCACCAUCACCUGUAGUUUGGGAGGCUCAAAACCCGUCCCUUGUCCCUUUAAAGCAAAGAGUGUACAUCCCUGGAAGAGUGCCAACGAGGAUUCCAGUUGACUUUUUCUCUAGGGAGCCUUCUCCCCCGAAAAUCCCCACCACUGCACGAGUUCAUUCUAUGGUUCAAAUUCGAUCACGACAAGCAAAUAUUUAUGGGAUUAGCCGCCGGAGAAGCGUUGUAGAAGAGGGAGAAUUGCAGACACGUGCAAGCACACAACAACCUCUCACUGUGAAGAAACGAGGAGAAGGAUGGAGAAAUGGGAGAGUGAAUAGAGGGAAUUUCAUGAGAAACAAGAGAACACAACAGGUUAAAGUCGGCUACAUUCCUGUGCGCAGACUUCGACCAGUAAAUCGUCGUGAGGCCCGUAUCGGUGUCGAGAAACGAUUCCAUUUUGAGGACGGCAUUGAGGAAUCCACACCAACUCGAUGUCUUAAAUGCUAUGUUUUCUGGACUCAACGCUCAAACACGAUCCCCCGCUCGUCAAUCUACAAUGUUUGUUGUGGACGAGAGGAGGCGAUUCCA